AUGGCGCCGCAACGAAAAGCCCUGCGCGACUGGCUGUAUCUCUUCAUCAUCAGCAUCCAACUCUUCGGCAUGCUAGCCCUCUACGCACACCCUUCCUCCCCCUUGCACUUCCUCCUCACCCUCCGCAACUUCUACGUCUCCUCCACCGGCGACCCUUUCUUCGCCCAAGACUCCCCCCACCAGCCCUGGUUCGACAUCUUCCUCUGCAUCGAAGCCCUCGUCCAGCUGCCCCUCGCAGCGUACCUCGUCUCCCAGCUGGCGUCGUCGUCAAACAAACCGACGUCGGGACCGGCGGAACUGGCGGGCCUGGCGUUUGGCUGCGUCACCUUCAUGGGAGCCGCGGCGUGCUGCGCUGAGCUGUGGCAUAUGGGCGAGGAUGUGGUGAGUGCGGACAAGAAGGGGCCGUUGCUGUACGGGACGUAUCUCCCGUUUGCUGUCAUCCGUAAGUUUUUGUCCCCCCCCCCAUCUUCUAUCACGUCUCGUGUGUGA